CUUUAUGAAUAGGGUAAAAACUAAAGCACAGACAUUUCAGAGGCACACCUCACACAUCAAAUCCCUGGCCGUCAAACAAACAACAGCAUCUGGCCGCCGAGGACAGCAGAGAGGGAGAAGGGGGGAGAGAGAGUGGAGGGAGAGGAGUCUCUGAGGGCCGGGCGGCAGAUGGUGACGCUGCAGCGACACUUCUCCAGCAUGGAGGAGGCGGUGAGGACGCUGCUGCAGAACCCGGACUCGCUAGAAGGCCCUAAAGUGGACCCGCUGGACCUCAUGAAGGCAUAUAAGGACAAGCUCCUGGAGGAGAUGUGGAAGCAGCAGGACAGUCUGGAAGCCCCCCCCGCCCCGGCCCACCGGCCCGCCACACCGCAGCCGGCCAGCGGGGCGCCGGAGGAGGAGAAGGAGCGUAAUGACAGCAGACCCCUUGUGGAGAGGCUCCGAGCUCUGGAGGCGGAGAACUCUGCUCUGUCCCUGGAGAACGACAACCAGAGGAGGCAGUAUGAGCACUGUCUGGAUGAGGUGGCUAAUCAGGUAGUCCAGGCUCUCCUCACACAGAAGGAUUUGAAGGAGGAGUGCGUGAAGCUGCGAACUCGCGUGUUCGACCUGGAGCAGCAAAACCGCAUUCUCAGCGUUCUGUUCCAGCAGCGAGUCAAGAUGUCCACCAACACUAACCCCCAGGAGGUCCAGAAGAACGGGAAGUCGGGCGUUGCUUCCGGGAGAUGGCCCAGCCUGCUCAGCCUCACCUGCCCUCGCAGCAGCUGUAGUGGCAGUGAGCUGUCCUUAUCCAGCACCUGCAGCGAGUACUCCAGUGGAUCCCACACCUGGGCAGAGGGUCGCGGCUCGUCCAAACAGUCCGCCACGAGCCGAGAGAAGAGGAUGAGUGCCGGGUCGGUGUCGAGCCACCCCUCUGCAGAGCCGGAACCCGCCGAGCUGGGCUGGAAGGAGGGCCAUAUCCUCAAGGGUCUUAAGAGGCUACAAACGCGCAGUCCCAAUAGACUGUCCCCCCCUGCAUCCGCGCCGCAUUACAAGGACUGCAUGACCUCCAACGAGGGGAUAUACUGCCUCGGUGCCAGGUCUGGUGCACAGGCGCUGGAUCCUAAACAGGCGGAUGUAAAACCAGGGACACCUUUAUUCAAAACGGAAGCAGCGGUUGCUACUCUGAUUUCAGACUCUGAUGAAGGUGAUGAGGAAUCCCCAAAGUCUGUCAAGGAAUCUUGUGGUGAGUCCACAGAAGAUUCUCAUUGCCUGGAGGACACCAGUUCUACUGCUUUGGGCGAAACAGGAAAUGAUGGUAAUUUACAAGAGGACCCUAUGAAGCCUCAAGGAAAUCCUGGCCAGUUCCUUUCACCGGUCCCUGAUGAGUUCCUCUUGGUAGGUCCCACAGUGAAACCGGGUGUUAGCCCAACAGAGAGUCCGAAUCACCUGGAUGCUGAUGAGGAGGAGCCAUCAAGCCUGAAGAAACAAAAUGACAGAAAUAACAACCAAGAAAAAACAACAGACCGCAAAUCCAGACUGGAUUAUGUCAAAAAGCAACAUGACAGGCUGGUUUCAAAGCAACAUGAGAAGGGAACCACCAAUAUGACCUCCUCUAUCCACAAUGCCGCCAAACGAGCUCUGGACAGUGCAGAUGAAGCCAGGCAGCGCAGCUCCUCAAUGGACACCCCUCAUGUCAGAGACCAGGCGAGUCAGGCUGGUGGGGACAGCCAUGACCUUGCCAUUUUGGAAUCCUUGCAGAAGAAACUAAAACCUCAGGCCUGUGACUCAGCGCGUAAAGCAUUCAUUCUCCGGAGCAAGAGUGCAGACGGAGGAUCAGACCAGACAAAGCAGUUGCAUUCUCCUCUUCACCAGAAACUAUUUCAAGCUCAGAAGUCUAAACCACAGCCAAACCCUCCUGGACAGACUGCUGUUGGCCCUAGAUCCAGCCUUGGCAAGCCCCCUGGUUCAUGCAAAGGGGCGUUUACCAAAGUGGAGCGAGGUGAUGGGGCUGCUGGGAGCAGCCCUUCAGGACUCCUUGAGAGUGUGGCGCCACCGUCUCCGCUCUCUCCCCAAAUGAACCAUGGCAAGGGGUUCAAGUCAGCUGUAACCCUUGACUGCCCCAAGAGCCCAAACAAAGCUCCUGCCCAAAUGUCUAAGCUUAUAUCAAAUAAUGAUUCUGGGCCAGAAGACACAGACUCCUCCAACAUCCCUUGCACUUCACUGAAACACCGACACCAGGAGACCCAAGCUGAAGCUUCCCACUCUGAACUUCGGUCUCCAUCGCCACCACCUCCACCAGGUAGAAGCACAUCGCUACUGGUUAGAUCCAGCCUGGAACCUUCAUCAAAAACCCCCAAAUCUGGUGGUCAAACUCCGGCCACUACAACUGGGAAGGCAAAAGUCUGCAGUGCAAAGUCGCCUCAAGGAUCCAACACACCAGAUGUAACUAAAUCUCCUAAACAUUCCCAUGUCAAUGUAAUGACUCCCAAGUCGACCCGGACACCAGCCGCCGCCUCUGUCCCCGUUCAAGAAUCAUGUGCUUCUGAGUGUGUUCAGCCGUCUAUGACAAUGAGUAGCCAUGAUGAAAAUGGUGCUUCCUCUACAGUACUAGAUCAAGGUGUCAUACCAGGGGAACCCAUCUUUUCCGAAGUAAUGCCCCAGACCCCCUACAAUAUUCAUGGCCAUGGGUCUGCUACAAGUGCACAUAAUCUCAACUCAAGAGCUGCACUGAUAACCCUUCCUGGAAAUGCUAAAUCGAUAGAGGUCAUUCCAGGACAAGGGAACAGUACAUUUCUGGUAUUGGGGAGACAUAACAAACCUGCCCUUUCUGCAAAAAGAUUCCAGUCCUUUGAGACAUUUAGUCAGGAACCUCAUACUUAUCAGAUAAUACAUGGGGUGCACGAGGUCGGCGCGAAAGAGAAAAUCAACCGAAAGAUUGAGACUCGCUGCAGCUCCUUGGACUCUGAUCCGGCAGUCCAGCCCGUGGCAGCAGACAGUGGCGUGAUGUUAGACUGGGGGUUUGACGAGGAGGGCUGGCUUUUCAAACGCUCCGUGUCUGUAUCAACCAGGCCUCCUCUCAAGCCUGUCUUGGGUAUGACCGGGGCGAAGGCUCGUAGCCAGAGCUUUGGGGCGCGGUACAUGGACAGGCCGAACUCAAACAGAUCUGGUAAGAUCCGCACUCAGAUCAAAACCCAGUCGGGCAGCUCUCUGAACUCUCUGGGUGACGUCUUCUCCGGAAGUCUAAGCUGCUCCAGCAGCUACCAUUGUCCCAUGAACCGGUCGCUACUGAACAACUUCCUCAUCGAGGAAGGACUGCCGGUACCUUCGCACCUGGCAUCGUCCAGCGAGAGACUUCAGAGUCUGAAGCUUCAGCGCGAGCAGGCCCGGCGACUACAGAUAGAGCAGCAGUUCUCCAGCGCAUUUGGGGAGCCCGUUUCAGAAGAGCCCGAAAGUCAAAACGCCAUAACCACUAUUGAGGAAAAGGUAAUGCUCGGAAUAGAGGAGAAUCUACACAAAUCUCAGGAACAGGAGAAGAAUAACGAUGCCAAACAAAAGUCUGGAUCCAGCUUGGCCAACUGGUUUGGCUUCCGAAAGAGCAAACUUCCGGCUCCCAGUGGGAAGAAAAUGGAUGUGUCUAAAGUGAAGGAAGAGAAGAAGGAGCAGAAGAUAACGUCUCUCCUGGGAGGGAAACAGACCAAGUCUGACAAAAAGAAAGAGAGGAGGAAAAGUGAUGGAAAGGACUGCUCCGUAGGUAGGAGGGAGUCCCACGACGCGGUGCGGGCCUGCAUCCCAACCGCCUGCCCGGGAGCCGCCCUUGUCCCUGACAUGCAGGGACACGCUGACCCGGGCCCCGCCGACCCCAAGAUCCAGGUGAUGACCCAGAGAACAGACCGGGAGAACGGAUUAUCUGUCACAAGCCCCGCCCAGGACGCAGUCAUUGGCUCCACCAGUAGGAUGCGGACCCUGGACAGCGGCAUCGGCACCAUCCCGCUGCCGGAGUCCUGCUCCUUCUUCUCCUCCCUCCUGCACCUCCUCCCCAGCGAGGAGGUGUCCGCCACCUCCCCGCUGCCCCGCUGGAAGGUCCCGAGCGGGGUCCUGGGGGCCGGCGGCGGGGGGGGGGGGCUCCCCGGCUCCCUGUCCGACUCCUCCGUCGCCCUGGUGCGGUCCGUGCCUUUCCCCUCUGUGGCCUGCCCCCCGCCCCGCCCCCCCCAGCCCCCCCCCAGUGUGUACGAGUCCCACAGCCGGCUGCCCCGCCCCUCUCCAGGUAACCCUCCUCCUCGCUCAGACGCCCAGCGGCAUGCUGGGGAUUUUAUUUGA